GGUUGUUACCACAUGGUUAACCGGAUAAAGACACCAACGUGGUUCGUGUAGAGUUGACAAACGGUGGUGUGUGUUCUUGUACAACUUAUGUCUGGUUUCCAUAAUUAAUCGAAAUGACUGAAAGUAAGGCAGAAGCGGCUCAGAGGCCCAAAGAGCUGCUGGCUCUGGACCCUAAACAAGAGUCCGAGUUCAAGAAGAAGGUGCAGGAGGCGAAGAAGAACAAAUUCAGCACGGGGGGGCAUUUGACCCCUGGAGUGGUUUACGUCAGUCACCUGCCAAAGGGGCUGUUUGAACCUCAGCUAAAGUCUUACAUGGAACAAUUUGGGAAAGUCCUGAGGCUGCGGCUGGCCAGGAGUAAGAAGACAGGUGGAACCAAAGGCUUUGCGUUUGUAGAGUUUGACUGUGAUGAAGUAGCCAAAAUUGUUGCAGAAACCAUGAACAAUUACCUCAUGGGAGAGAGACUCAUCAAAUGUCACGUGAUUCCUCCAGAGAAGGUGCAUGAGAAUCUGUUUGUUGGCUCCGAAAAGAAGUUUGCAAAACCCUCCCAUCCUGCUGUACUCCGCUACAAUAAGAAACGCACAGAGGAGCAGAUCACCAAGUUGAAAGACAAACUCCUACGGAAAGAGGGGAAGCUUCGCAAGAGACUUGCAGCACACGGCAUCGACUAUGACUUCCCUGGAUUUGCUGCCCAGGUUCCUCAGAAGAAAAAGUCAUCCGAUUCCAUGGAUGCAUCUACAUGUAGUGAAGACACCACACCACUCUGCACCCCCUCUGUCCUAGAGAAGAGGAAGUCCAUGGUUGUCGACGAUGACGAUGAAGAUGAUGAAAUUAUCAUUAAGAUGCCAGCUGCAGUGGAAGAUGAAGAGCGCUCCUCAGAGGAAGACAGUGACAGUGAGGAGAAGAAUGAUUCAGAGAGUGAAGAACCCAUUGCAGAGGACACAGAAGCACAGUGAAAGUCCUCACUGUUUUAUUGUGGACUUGGUUCUCUUGCUGUCAGUGUACAGUUGCAUACAUCAUUUUUGAACUGUGUUCAGAAAUUAGUGUCUUUCAGGAUGUGGAAAUCACAUCACAUUGUAGGAAGACACUCGUAUGAAAGAUACCACCAUAAUUGUGGGUACUACAGUAGUGAGCACCACAGAUGGUGCUUGCAGAAUCACACUGAGCCUGAUUUAUGGGCAACAGUUGUGCCGGGACUUCUUUGACAAAGGCAGAUGUGCAUUUCAGUCUUGGAGCGGACCUCUUCCUUUACCACACAGGGCUGUUGUAUUGAUACAAAACAGCAGCAUUUUUAUUUUUGCUUUGUCUAAAAGUGUGGUUAAAUUUGUGCUAUGUAAACCAGUGACCCCCAUUUAAUAAAAAAAUUCUAGGGAGACCUCAAUCUGAAAAGUUUUUGGUUGUUAGAUAUGAUUAAGACCAAAAUGUAAUAGCUGUCAACUACAGUUGAGGAUGUUACUGUGGAGGAAGUGAAUCCUAUAAUCAGAAAAGACACUCUGUUGACUCUUACCCAUGACGGGCUCACUUCGUUAGUGGAAAACAAUUCCCCAUUUUUCUGGAACUCCCUCAACGACCAGUUGUUGAGACCCACUGAUGUAAAUUAUGAUCUUUAAAAAUAAAUAAUCUGAGAAUGUGCUCUAGAGCAA